AUGCUGAAUCUCUGGGGAUAUUCAACAGUCUUCGGCGGGAUACAACCCCAGUGCGCUGGAGAAUGCAUGGCCUGGCUCAUGCGGCACCGACCGACGUGUCGGAUGAUCCGGGUGAAAGGCGGGAUGGAAGUUACUGUCGACCAAAUCUUGACAUUCGCUUAUCUUAGCUCUCGGGCCCUCUUCGUUGCCAUCGGACCCGGAGGUUCGAGUCCAGUGGGACCGAGCCGACUUCAGCUGGAUCCGUGGUACAAGUGCACCGCUGCGAGCAAAGGCUUUCUUGAUUUGACGGGUAAUCAGGCUGAUCACGUCGUGGAAGUCCAGGUGUUGAUCUUCGCUUUGGACUUAGCGGAGAUAACUCCCGCUACCCUCAACCCUCGAGCUAAGGAACGCCUCAAGCGCGUCCUGAAUGGGCUAACGAACAUGUUUUAUGUCACUGGAGGCACUAACGGAUCGCAGUAUAAUGCGCGUGCGGAUGUCGUGCAGUACGUGCUGGACACUUGUCGCGCCGGCCUGAGUACGGCUCGGAUGUUGGACAAUAUCCUCGAACAGUAUCGGUAUGAGCUGCCGAGGACCGUACAGGCUUUGCAGGAGUUGAUACUGGCUUCACGUCCUACCCAUAGCCACUCUGCGAGCAUGAAGAUCUCCGCAAUCGUCAUUUUAUUGACUCUCUACGCCCCACCCAGUGUCAUCUCGCUCUGUUUCGGGCAUGAAACCAACGCGACGCAUACUUCCUCCUCUGGUCGCGCUCACUUUUCGCCAGCGCCUACAGAGGUCCACGUACAGUGGCAACGCGCCGAUUUCGAACUCGAUCCGUGGUUUAAAUGCGCCGCGGCCCAGAGAAAAUAUCUCUAUCGCCAGACGAGGGAUGCAGCCGGAAAUCCCAACGGCGUCGUGCAAGAGCACUUCGACGAGUUUGCUGAUCUUACGGGAAACCAAGCCGACCACGUUCUGGAGAUCCAGGUCUUGAUUAACGCGUUAGACAGAGCGAGAAUCACUCCAGCGGACCUUGUCCCGGAUGCGAAGACUCGCUUGAAGACGACCCUCAAUGGCUACUUCAAUAUGAUAUACGUAACUGGAGGGACGAAUGGAUCUAAAGGUGUAACGAUACGCAACAUCCUCGAUGGACAGCAGUACGCAGUACGCAGGGAUGUCGCGCAAUACAUGCUCCUCACUUGCAGAAAUGCGCUUGACACGGCCAGAAUUCUCGAUAACAUCCUCCGAAGUUACAGCCAUCGUUUACCUUGGACCGUGGAGUAUACGCAACAGUACAUCCUUGCAGCUGCGAAUAUUCGGUGUCCAAAUCUGCAUGAGGACGAUGUCCAGACUCCGAUGAUUUAG